GGCUGCACGUCCGAUGUGACAGCUCAGACAUACCAAACUCCUCGAUACAUUUCCCUGGAAUCACUGAUGUGGAUUAACGAGAUUUCACUCAUCCACUCGCCCUGCAAACAUUUCUUCACACCAAAUCAGAGCAGCCAGCCUGUGCUCAGCCAAUCAGGGCGCUCCCUCCUCCCCGCACACCGCAGACAAAACAGAGUCGCCCUGAGGAGGUUCUCAUACUCUGCAGGAGCGUUCCUGCUGUUUGGAUUUCAAUCUCUGCAAAGAGGCAACACGAUGAAGACGACAAGUUUUGGUGUUUUAAUUUUCGCCCUGGCGGCUCUGAUGACGACCGCAGCAGGCUCGCUGAGAGAAAAAAGAGGAAGGGCAUUUUCUGUCUUCUCUGCUUCUGACUCCUCUUCGUCCUCUUCUUCUUUUUCCUUCUCCACCUUGUUUGACAAUUCAGGAGGGAUCUGUCUGAAUGGCGGCAGCUCCGUCCCGUCCUUGACGACUGGAGAACACAUGUUCUGUUUGUGUCCUGACGGUUUCGAGGGGACACGCUGUGAAACAGCGACGCGUGUCGAAUGCUACGAGGGUGUUGGACUUUACUACAAAGGGAAAGUGUCCAAAUCACAGAGUGGACGGACAUGUGAGGACUGGAAUUUAGACACCAGGGAGCGCUACAUGACUUCAGACAUCAACGCAGGGAGACACAACUACUGCAGGUAUGUCCAUAAAUAA